CGGGCGCGCACGGGCGGCGUGGACCCUCGGCGGGCAGCGCGCCCUCCGCCACCGGGUCCGGCUGCCGGCAGCUCGGGCCGGCGGCCCCUCCGCCUCCAGUCUGGGCGCUCCGAGCUGCACUCUGCCGCUGCCUAUGGGUAUCCGAGAGUUUCCCGGCGGCGCGCCCGGGGGCAAAGGCAUCGCCGUUGGCAUGAGGAGGUCACCAGACGUCAGUCCUCGGAGACUGUCCGAUAUCAGCCCCCAGCUCAGGCAGCUCAAGUACUUGGUGGUGGACGAGGCGAUCAAGGAGGACCUGAAAUGGUCGCGCUCGGUGGAGGACCUCACCAGCGGGCCCGCGGGGCUCACGUCCAUCGAGGAGCGGAUCCUGCGCAUCACUGGCUACUACGGCUACCAGCCCUGGGCGGCGAGCUACAAAAGGGAGGAGCGCCCCCGGGACGGCCCGGGCCCUGCAGAGGCCGCAGCGGCGGGGGCGGAGGCCGGGCGGGCCGGCCGCCGCUGCUGCAGGUGCUCGGGGCCGCGGCUGCGCAAGCUGAGCUGGGGGCUGGCGGUGGUGCUGUGCGUGUGCACCUGCUGGGCCGGCUCCACACAGCUCGCCAAGGUGACCUUCCGCACCUUCGAUGCACCCUUCACCCUGACCUGGUUCGCCACCACCUGGAACUGCUUGUUCUUCCCGUUAUACUACGUGGGCCACGUCUGCAAGGCCACGGAGAGGCAGUCAGUGAGGCAGCGGUACAGGGAAUGCUGUCGGUUUUUUGGAGACAAUGGCUUGACUUUGAAGGUGUUUUUUACCAAGGCAGCACCCUUUGGUGUUCUUUGGACCCUCACAAACUACCUGUACUUACACGCAAUAAAGAAAAUUAACGCCACGGACGCCUCCGUGCUCUUCUGCUGCAACAAAGCUUUUGUGUUCUUGCUCUCGUGGAUCGUUCUCAGGGACAGGUUCAUGGGCGUGAGGAUCGUGGCCGCCAUCCUCGCCAUCGCCGGGAUCGUGAUGAUGACCUACGCGGACGGCUUCCACAGCCACACGGUCAUGGGCAUAGCGCUGGUGGUGGGCUCCGCGUCCAUGUCCGCCCUCUACAAGGUUCUGUUCAAGCUCCUCCUGGGCGGAGCGAAGUUCGGAGAAGCCGCCUUAUUCCUGUCCGUGCUGGGAGUGUUCAACGUCCUGUUCAUCACCUGCAUCCCUGUCGUCCUCUACUUCACCAAAGUGGAGGACUGGGGCCCCCUCAGCAGCAUUCCCUGGGGGAACCUCUGCGGGUUCUCAGUCCUCCUGCUGACAUUCAAUAUCGUGUUAAACUUUGGAAUUGCUGUUACAUAUCCCACUCUGAUGUCUCUUGGAAUCGUCCUCAGUGUACCUGUGAAUGCAGUGGUCGAUCACUACACCACAGAGAUCUCCUUCAACGGAGUCCGGGUCAUCGCCAUCAUCAUCAUCGGCCUGGGCUUCCUGCUGCUGCUCCUGCCCGAGGAGUGGGACGUCUGGCUGAUCCAGCUGCUCACGCACCUCAAGGUGCGGAAGAAGGAGGAGACCGUGGAGGGCAGCGCGGACCUGGGCGCCGCAGUGCAGAACAGGAGACGGGCCCGCCCCUCCUUUGCCCGCUGA